AUGGCGGAUGUGGUUUCUACUCCUCGACCGCGGCGGUCGACUUCUUCCUCCGGGGGCAACUCUGCCCACUCGGUCAUGGAACGAAGGACAAGUGAGGAGACGGACGAAGGACCGGACUCUGUAGGCUCUGCAGGCAGUCGCGCGAGCAGAAAGCGCGCGGCUUCCAUCGACAUCGAGGAAGCGAAUAGCUCGAGAGGGAGAGAAUUCAGCUUGGAGAGCGGUCCGACGGGUAGCGAGAGCGGCAAGGACUACAUCUGUCUCUGCACGCCUGCCCUCAAGGUUCCAAGACCUCGUAACGCCUUCAUUCUGUACAGACAGCACCACCAAGCACAGGUUAUUGCUCAGCACCCAGGUCUUUCUAACCCGGAAAUCUCCAAAAUCAUAGGAGAGCAGUGGAGGAUACAGCCUGACGACGUCAAGGAAAGUUGGAAGAAACUCGCGGAAGAAGAGAAAAUUCGGCAUCAACGCCAAUACCCGGACUACCGUUACCAGCCUCGACGCGGCGGCAGGCCAGGAAGCCGGCCGAGCCUAUCGUCUGGGGCCGAUACGGGUCGGUGCUCCAAGUGCGGCGGCAGAUUCAUCGCGACUCCGAGAACACCAACAACGCCGUUUGGAACGCCGACCGCCGCGAAAUCCAACAUGUCCCCCCCUCACCCGAGAGAUGGUCGUGACGGCGACGGUGACCACCACCGGCACACCUUGCCCGGUGCGAAGCAACAGUACCAGUUUCAACCCAACAACCUGCGAGACGUGGAAGAAGAAUACGAAUCCAUGUCGCCGUCCCUGGAGCUCAAACGGCGCCGGUUCAACGGAAUGGGGCACUACCAGGCCGUCUCGUCCCCAGGGCCCUACACGGGCCAUCCCUUGUCGAGGCAACCUAGAUCGUCGCUGAGCAUGCCUCCCACACCGCCACUAGCGGGUUACGGGCCGCUGCCCGGCCCUUCAGCACUUGCGAGGACCGGGAACAUGGCGCCUCCUCCGCGACCCCAUCAUCCUGCGUACGCAGGACCGAGCCGCGGUCCCGGUUUCGACGAGAGCCUCCGCCUGCCCCCGCUGCAAACCCAGACAUCUCCGCCGUUUAACAGAGAAAACGACGCAAACGACCGCCCGAGCGCCCACCCCGCUACUGGUCUGGGCAUCACCAACCCGCGGGAUAGCUACGCCCAAAGCCUCGAGGCCAUGAUCAUGACGAUUCCUUUUUUGAGCAAGCUAAAGGUGCUGCAGAAAAUCAGCCCAACGCUAACCCCGCCAGGACCAUCCAGCCCGGACAUGGAGGUUCGCGGAGCAGUAAUUGCCGUCGAGGGGGCCGACGCCCGGCAGCUGGAGCAGGUGGGAACGGCUAUUCACCGAUCCCUCCUUGGCCUGGCCGAAAUCGACUUGAAAACGUGGAGCGACGGACCAAACAUGGCGGCGCCUAUCUUGUCAGCCGAGGAAGUCGCGAAUAUGAACGAUACGGCGUCUGUUGGGAGCAGCAGGAAAAGCAGCCACUCGCAACCCAGCUUGCAAACAUCCGAGCUCUUCGCCAACUACAUGCAGACCAUGAUGAAGUGGCACGGGAAGUCGCGGGAGAUUGUCAAGCACGUGUCCACGAGGCCGGUAUCUGGACUGAGCGGGUCGCCUCUCACGAGGCGAGCAUCGGACGGGGAUGCUGGCGGAUUCGGGCAGAGUUCGGUAUCGUUGCCCGGCACAGACAAGACGCCGAUCGCCCUGCUCCCUGCAGGAUUCAGCUUGUCCAUUUCUGACAAGUAUGCUUGCAUGAUACCCAUUGCGGAUUCGUACGCCCCGGUCGACCACUGGCAGUGGAUGUCGACUCUAUGGAGAGGAAUCGUUGGACCAGACCUCGUCAUCUACGUCAAGUCGGUGGUGGAGGACGAGGUCACCCGCGCAGGCGCUGUCGAGUUCAGAGGUCCCGGCGUGAUGGUGGUCAGGAUUGCGCAUAAUAAGUCUCUGGACGAGAAGACCGAGCGACGCAUCUCCUUUGAAGUAGUGGAGUGGAUUAGAGGCGGUAGUUACCAGGAGGGAUUCGGACGAAGUUGA